CAAACACUUCGUGGACACAGUGCCCUGAAGCCAGAAGCCCAGUGCCUUUAACAGCAAAUACAUACAGAAACAUUUCCCUUGACCUGUGGCAGAAGCCGGGAUGGAAACUUCAACCAGCGCAAAGGACCAUGACAUGACCACAGAAUACGACUAUGGGGACACGACCCCAUGCCAGAAGGUUCAGGAGAGGGCUUUUGGGGCCCAGCUGCUGCCCCCCUUGUACUCGGUGGUGUUUGUCAUCGGCCUGGUCGGCAACAUCCUAGUGGUCCUGGUCCUCAUGCAAUACAAGAGGCUCAGAAGCAUGACCAGCAUCUACCUCCUCAACCUGGCCAUUUCUGACCUUAUCUUCCUCUUCACGCUGCCCUUCUGGAUCGACUACAAGGUGAAGGACGACUGGGUUUUUGGUGACGCCAUGUGUAAGUUGCUCUCUGGGUUCUAUUUCAUGGGCUUGUACAGCGAGAUCUUCUUCAUCGUCCUGCUGACCAUCGACAGGUACCUGGCCAUCGUCCAUGCCGUGUUUGCUCUGCGGGCUCGGACUGUCACCUUUGGUAUCGUCACCAGCAUUGUCAUCUGGGUCCUGGCCAUCUUGGCUUCUGUCCCCGGCUUGUACUUUUCCAAGACCCAGUGGGAGUUCACCCACUACACCUGCAGUCUUCAUUUUCCUCCUGAAAGCUUCACAAAGUGGAAGCAGUUUCAGGCUCUGAAACUGAACAUCUUGGGGCUGAUAUUGCCUCUGUUGGUCAUGAUUGUCUGCUACACAGGGAUUAUAAAGAUUCUGCUCAGAAGACCAAAUGAGAAGAAGGCCAAAGCCGUGCGUCUGAUUUUUGUCAUCAUGAUCAUCUUCUUUCUCUUUUGGACGCCCUACAAUCUGAGUGUGUUUGUUUCCGCUUUCCAAGAUUCCCUGUUCACCUAUAAGUGUGAGCAGAGCAGACAGCUGGACCUGGCCAUUCAAGUGACAGAGGUGAUCGCCUACACUCACUGCUGUGUCAACCCUGUGAUCUACGUCUUUGUCGGUGAGAGGUUCCGCAAAUAUCUGCGGCAGUUGUUCCACCGGCUGGUGGCUGUGCACCUGGCCAAGUGGCUCCCCUUCCUCUCCACAGAGAGGCUGGAGAGGGUCAGCUCCAUGUCCCCCUCCACAGGCGAGCAUGAGCUCUCUGCUGGGUUCUGA